AUGACAAAACCUCAAUACCAACAAUUCCAAAAAAACGACACCAUUGAAGAAGUUUGUGUCAGAACUACUGCGAACACUUCCGCAGACAAUGACAGCUCGUCAUCCUAUGUGAGCUUGCAAGACAUUCGAGACGUGUUUCCAGAUGCACUACGCUUCAAGUUGGAUGGGCAUCCCAUUCCAUUACUUGUAGAUUCUAAUGGCAACAGAAUCGAACCUUUGCGCAUUGCAUUCUAUCCUGAUAAGAUCCUGGACGUUAUUACAGAAGUAUCACAGAACGGCAGUAGUAACAACAGCAAUGCCGUCGUUCAUUUGUCAACAACAAGAGACUCGGGGAAUCUGACUCCUCAGGAUUCUUCUUUGCCUUCAUCAAACUUGGUUCAAGCUUACAACCCAUCUCUUACUGCUCACAGCUUGGAAGAGAUUAAGGAGUUGGUACUAGAAACUCUUAAAAUGCAAUCGGAAACAGUUAAACUACAGCAUCAAGCUCUUGACAGACUUGCCAUCCUCCAACAGAAAGCUGAUGCUAUCCUUGUCCAGACCUUUGAGCUUCAUGAAUAUCCAAUCCCUCGACUCUUUAUCAUCUGCCUGAACAAGGUUCGCCUUCAUUUCCUAUGUGAAUGUGAGGAUCGCUCUGAAAAGGCAAGCAAGGACAGCCAGAAGAACAAAACCCAUCUUGCGAGACAUGAAGGAUAUGAGAUCAGGAACAGCACAGAGUUCUUCCAAAAGUAUGGGAAAUACAUGAUCAUCUUGUUACAAGGACUCAAGUUGGGGAUGGAAGCAUCUCCAGGUUCUUAUCUGACACCUGCCCCAAGCAUGAUUGAUACCGGUAUUAAGCAUGCGAUCGACUAUUUGAAUGAACUCACAAAGGAAAACCCAGGCUUGAAUGACUUCAACACAAUGGAUGACUAUGAAGGACUUGAAGGAGCAGAUCUCCGACGACUGAGCACAUUCCUUCAAACCAAUGAUGAAAACAGGCAGCUUGGCAACUUGUACAGGAUCACGGCAGAAGCAGGCCAUGUCAAAUGGGUUUGUGUCGACCACUAUCGCUCGACGUAUAAAGAGAAAGAACAGAAAGCGUUUGAAGAUGUUGUGGCGAUGAAUGGAGGCAAAUAUGACUCACAGCUCGGUAAAGUGGUCAUUGAGUUGGUAUCCAGGAUCAGAGCUAGAGAGUUCUUCGAAGCCUUGACCAGAGCUAAACAUGUUUACGAGUUGGAUAUCAGAUUCGACUGGAAUUGGGUUUGGACCAAGACUGAUCUGGAAGCACUGAGGAAUGCACUGAGAGUAUCGAGUGUAUCGAUCCUUCGACUUGAUCUUGGAGAAUCUCAAGAGAGCAUAACCAGGAAAGUGCUUUCAGCAUCCACACGACAUGAAAAGCUUGUAGGCAUCAUAGAACUUAACAACAUGAAAGUGAUUCAUGUUGUACUUCCUCCGGAAGUCAAACAUCUUUCCAAUCUACAAAGCGCAAAAUCAUCACACCUUCACAAGUUAUCCUUUGGGAUGAGACCUCAAAUGAUGAGAAAUAGUGAUUUCCGACUGCUUAUGAAUCCGCUCGAGGCUUUGGUCACCCUGGAAUUGCAAUUCAACUCAAUGGGGAAUGAAGGGGCUCUCGCACUGUCAGGGGCACUCAAGGUCAACACCAGUCUAACCACUUUGAACUUGUACAACAACUCAAUUGGGAAAGAAGGAGCUCUAGCGCUGUCAGAGGCACUCAAGACAAACACCAGUCUAACCACUUUGAACUUGUACAACAACUCAAUUGGGAAAGAAGGAACUCUGGCACUGUCAGAAGCACUCAGGAUCAACACCAGUCUGACUGGUUUGCGCUUGGCAAGCAACUCAAUUGGGAGUGAAGGAGCUCUGGCACUGUCAGAGGCACUCGGGAUCAACACCAGUCUGACUGGUUUGCGCUUGACAAGCAACUCAAUUGCGGAUGAAGGAGCGCUGGCACUGUCAGAGGCACUCAAGACAAACACCGGUCUGGCCAAUUUGGACUUGACGAUCAACUCAAUUGGGAAUGAAGGAGCUCUGGCACUGUCAGAGGCACUCAAAACAAACACCAGUCUGACCAAUUUGUACUUGGUUCACAACUCAAUUGGGAAUGAAGGAGCUCUGGCACUGUCAGAGGCACUCAAGACAAACACCAGUAUGACCAAUUUGGACUUGAGUUUCAACUCAAUUGGGAAAGAAAGAGCUCUGGCGCUCUCAGAAGCGUCCAAGAAAAGGAUGAUCUUGAAUGUUUUUGUAUGAGAAGCGCCUUAAUCGAUUUGUAAAGAACUCUGGUACUAUUGAAGCCGCUUAUUAGUGGCUGGCCGAUGUUGAAUCAUUGUCUGGUUUAGUUGUCUGGUUUAGUUGACUGGUUUGGCCAUUGAAGUAGUGAUGAGGUGUU